CCUGCGUCCGCUGCACGCGUCAGAGCCGUGUGAGGCGGGGAGCUGUGAUGCGAGGCACGUCCUCGAGUGCACUCCGCCGCUGCUCACAUUGCGAUGCCUCGCGCGCUAAUGUCGCGACCCUAUUCUCAUAGCUCAUAGUGCGGCUGAUCCUCGUGGCUACCAGUGGCGAUUGAAACACCCACCCGCGUUGAGUGGCUCAUGCCUCGCUCCCAUUGCCUCGCGUGCAUGGCUGACCAGCAGACCUGAGCGGGCAGCCAUCGCGCAUCACCGUCCGUGGAGGCCGACUGUAGUCAACCCUGCGCCCUCCAGAGAACGCUCCCCCCUGCAAGGACGCGCAUACCAGUGGAUUCUUUACCCCCUCGCUUGCGCGUGUGCCACUUGAAUGUCCAGCAUUGCCGCCAUGCUGCUCGUGCCUCGCCGCGCACCGCUCGCUCUGCCCCCCACUCGCGCAUCUCCGCCCACUCGCGCAUCUCCGUUCACUCGCGCAUCUCCGCUCACUCGCGCAUCUCCGCCCUCAAACGUGCGCGUCGCUGCGUUGGGCCUCGCGUUUCCGCGCCAAAAGAACCACCUGUCGUUGCAGCUGAGCUGCCGGUUGACCGGGAACUGAGCCGUUAGUCGUCAACGACCGGCAGUCGAGAUGGCGUCGGCCGGCAGGAAGAAGCUGGCGUCGGCGGGGUCGGGCAGGAUGGAGCAGGCGAACCUCGUCGCCGUGCGCUUCGAGUUCCGCGUCCGCCUCCUCGAGCUGCGCCCGUGGCUGCGCCAGUCCCCGCCGCUCAUCAUCCGCUGGCAGCGCGGCGACAGCAGGGCCGGCCUCUCCGCGCCCAUCGCGCCGCCCCCCGACGCCACCCUCAGCCACGUGGCGCUCAACCAGACGUUCCGGAUCCCUGUGACGCUGUACCGCGAGCGGGGCGCGCCCUCCGCGCCCUACCUGCGCAAGGCCGCCACCUUCACCCUGCACCACGCGCUGCCCGCCGCUCAUUCCCAACAAACACAUGCACCAACCGAACCUGCCUUUCAGGCUCGGCCCGAGCCUCUGGGGCGAGCGCAGCUAGACCUGGCUGAGCUGGCGGACUGCGACGGGGCGGUGGAGCGCCGCCUCAAGGUGGCGCCGGGGCCCGCCAUGCUUGCUGACGUGGCGGCUGCUGACAGGCCGACGGGGGUGGUGCUGCGCGUGAGCGUGGAGUGCGUGGGCAAGACGCUCAGCCGCGAGGCGGCUGCAGAGGAGGCCCAGCGCCUCGCAGCCCCCCACGGCCACCGCCGCAACGCCUCCUCGCCCGUGCUGCCCUCGCACGCCCUGCAAACCUCCCCCUCCCUCUCGCACCACCGCACCUCCCCCCCGCCCUCCCUGUGCGCGUCGCCCGACCUGCCAGCACCUGGCGGCAGCGCGAGCGCAGGGUCGUCCCUGGGCGACUGCGACUUCACGGCCUUGCAGGGGCAGCUGCAGGGGGACAGGCAGGGGCAGGGGCAGGCGCAGGCGCAGGAGGCCCAAGUGCGGGGGCAAGGCGCGGCAGAGAGAGGCGGAGGGGAUGCACGCCGAGCAGAGGCAGAAGCAGCUCGCGCGGCAGCAGAGGGCGCAGGUGUGCAGAGCGGUGGUGAGAUGAGCAGGCGUGCGCAGCAGAGGCACGGCGGCAGGGAUGGCAGGACUGGUGCAGGCGAUGGGCAGAGGGGGGUGGCAGGGGGGGGGGGAGAUGCUGGAGAAAGGGACGAGGGGCGGAUAGCUGAUGGGGGAGGCAGUGACGUGGCCAGGGAUGGCAAGGGCCCUCCUGGACGAAAGCCUGCCAGGUCGAAGUCCCCUGCCACGCUUGCAACAUCUUCCACGUCAGCAUCUUCCUCAUCCACCUCAUCACUGCCUCCCUUCCAUUCUGCAUCGACCUCUGCUUCCCCUGCACCCUCUCGCUCCUCCUCAGUCUCGUCAGCAACUUCUGCCUCCACGUCAACAUCUGCUUCCACAUCAGCUUCCACGUCCACAUCAGCAUCUGCCUCGUCAGCAUCUGCAGCAGCAUGCAUGGCGUCACCAUCACCAUCUCCGUCGCCUGUAGAGUCGCCAGCAGCAGCAGCAGCAGCCGCCGCCCCCUCAUCAGCAUCCACUCCUCCUGCCACCUCAAUGUCGGCCACUCGUGCAUUUCGCCUGGCUGCUGCUCGCCUUGGGCCCGCAACAAAGCCAGCCCCCUCUCUCGAGCCGCGCAGGAGGCCCUCUCGCCGCUCGCAGUCGUACGGCGGCGCUGAGCUCGCCGCCUUCCACGCCCUGGACGCGCGCCACGCCCUCGCAGCAGCCCCACCGCAGCAGCAGCCGCAGCCAGAGCCGCAGCCACAAGGCCCCAUCCCGGGUUCAAGUACCCGUGCCUCCCAGUCCCCUCUCCCUGAUGCCCCACUCCCCAUGGCCCCUCCUCCCGCCCCAUCUCACGCUCCCUCUGGCAGCCCCUCUGCCAGUGAACGGGUGGAGGAGUUCACCGCCAUGCAUGCUCGCCUGGCGCCACCCUCCGCCGCUGCCACUGCUGCAGGCGACGCUGGCAGUGGCAGCGGGGACAGCAGCCACAGCGGCAGCAGCACCACCAGCAGCGCCGGUUGCAGCAGGAGCAGUAGUGGGUUGAGCAAGAGGGGCGGCGGUGUAUCGGCAGUGGAGGUGCCUGGCCGCCCCGCCGUCUCCCGGUUCACACGCGAUGCCAAGCCACCUCUCGCCGUGCCCCCCUCCUCCCUCCCUCCCACUGCCGCCACCACCCCCCUUGCCACCACCCCCAUUGCCACCAGCCCCUUUGCCCCUCCCCCACUUGCUUCACCUCCCGCCACCGGUGCUCUCUCUGCCUCCUCUCCCGCCCCUGCUCCCCCUGCUGUCGCCCCUGCACUUCCCCUCCUGCCAGCGCCAAGCCCUGCAGCUGACGCUCACGGGCCGCCUUCCCAGACCCCACCUGCUGCUGCUGCUGGUGGUGCUGGUGAUGAUGGUGGCGCAGCAGGCAGCGGGCCGGAUGGGGCAGCGAGUGAUGAUGAUGCGGCGGAGCAGCAGGUGGGGCAGGUGGCGCUGCCAGCGAGGGCGGUGCGGGCCACGUCGCUGGCAGAGCUGUACCGCGUGGCAGGGCGAGGCGGCGACCUGGACCACAACAGCAGCGUGGCGCCGGCCCAUGCCCUCGCACACCCACCUGCUCUCAACCCCGUGUCGGCUCAGCUAUGCACGCCCAUGCCCGUGCAACCAGGCACACCCACGCAACCACAUGCUCCCACGCCCGUGCCUGUGUGUGCUGCUCCUGCUGCCGGCAGUGUAGCAGCAUGGGGCGUUGCGGCCAUACCCAGGCCAGGAGACAGCGCGGCCGUCACAGUGCCACGCUCCACCCCAGGCACCUCCCCACCCUCCAGCCUCUCCCCCUCCACCCUUCCUCCCACUGCAACCUUGCCUCCCCAGGGGUCGCCUGAGUCCUCCACCGCUCUGUACCGCUCUCCCCUCUCCUCCUCCUCCCCACCCCUCAACCCCGUGGCUGCUGCCGCCCUGGCCACUCUGCUCCACCCUUCCGCCUCCCCUGCUGCUGCUCGUGCCAGUGCGGCACAAGAGAGGGGAGCGGAGGAGCAGAGAAGGGAGAGUUCGAGGGAGGCACAAGACGCGGCAGCAGCAGCACCUUGGUCAUUGGCCGCCAUGGCAGCACAGCCACCCAUUGCGGACAUGCCAUGGCCCCUCGACGGCAUGCACACGCGCUCUGCCACCACUGGCAGCAUGGCCACCACACCCGCCAGUGCUGCUGGUGCCGUUCCCAGGUGUGGGUCCGAUGGUGCGCCCACGCUGCCCGCCCAAGAGCACGUGCUGCCCGGCCAGGCGCAGUGCAGCCCGGCACCAGUGGACCUGUGUGCGGCGUACGAGCAGCAGCGGGCACAGGGGGGGGGUGGGGCCAUGGGAGGGCGGGCAGAGCAGGUGUCAGCAGGGCUGCGUGCAUCAGGGGGAGCACCUACAGGCGCCGUGCCUCCUCUGGCCACGGGCCCUCACAUGAUUCACCGCACUGCACUUCCUCACCACCCACACGCCCCCUCCUCCUUCCCUCGGCCUCUUCUGCACGUAGCGCCCUCUGCCCUCUCCUCCGCCUCCCCUGCCUUGUCAGCUGGCUCUCCUGUCACGUCUGCAGGGUCCCCUGCCAUGUCAGCAGGAUCCCCUGCCUCUCUGUCCAAUGAGCAUGCGCCACGUGGCGCCCAGCAGGCAGCAGCAGUGGCGGAGCUGAGGAGCAAGCUGAAGGUGCUGCUGGCGCCGGCUGCAGGGGGGCAGGCGGCCAUGGCCGUGCGCAUGGAGGGGUGCAUUGAUGUGGCCAUGCAGGGCGAUGCAGGGAGUGAGCGGGGAGAGGGGCUGGCAGCAGGUGCAGCAGGAGGAGGGGCUGCAAGGGCUGCUGCCUCCGCCUCGUUCCCUGGCUCCGCCGCCGCCUCGCCCUCCUCUGCCUCAGCUUCAUUCCCAGCCACACUCCACCACCCCGCCUCCCCCCAUGCCCUCCACCGUUCGCUCUCUGACCCGCGCACCCCUCGCCCACCAACCGCUCAUUCACUGCCCUUCCCCAACCUCCCUCCCUCCUCCUCCGGCACCUUCUCUGCACCGCGCUCGCCCUCUCAGCCGCCUUCUGCGCGCGCGCUGGGCUUUGCGAAGGAGCGGCAGCUGGUGGAGGACGAGCGGCGCGAGGCGCAGCGUGUGAGGGACGAGGUGGAGCGCUUCACACAGUGGGCAGUGGGCGAGCAAAGGCGGCUGGACGAGGAGAAACGAAAGGCAGCGGCGGACCAGCGCCGCCUGUCCCCGUUUGAAGCGCAGCGCGCCGCGUUGGUGCAGCGCAUGGCAGCGCAGGACGCCGCUACCACAGCUGUGCGAGCGCAAAUCGCGGCAACGGGCGCCGCGGUUGCCGGCCUGUGCGCGCACACGCAGGCCCUCCAGCAGGCGCUGCACACCGCCUCCCUGCACCUCGCAGCCCGCCAGCACCAGCUGACGCAGGACCGCGCUGCCGUGCCUGGUGCCCUGGCUCGGGCUGCCGAGGCGGAGGAGUGGGCGCAAGCAGCGCAGAGUAGGUUCGGGGGGAUGCCGAGGGAGGUGCGCAGCGCCAGUGGCGUGGCGGAGGUGGUGCAGGGCGCGGCGGGGCGCCAUGGCCAUGGUGGUGCUGCUGCUGAUGAUGAUGAUGAUGGUGGUGGUGGUGGUGGUGGUGGUGGUGGUGGUGGUGGUGGUGGUGAUGGAGAAUGCUGUGAUGGCACAGCGGAUGGCACAGCAGAUGGCAGCAGCGGGGACGACCCCUGGUGCAGCUUGCCCUACCUGCAGGCUCAACUGCUGAGGCUGGAGCAAUGGCAGCAUGAUACGUGUCUUCACCUCGUGUGGACACGUGUCUUCCUGCCAGCCAUGCAGCAGCGCCCUCCCGUGCUUCCCCCUGCCUUCCUACCUCCGUCUCAGCCGCCUCCCUUCACCCCCGCCUGGUCCUCCGCCUUCCACUGCUCCUCCCUCUCCUCCCACCAGCCCCUCUGGCCCUUCUCCGCCGCCACGCCCCCUCCUCCCCCUCUCAAAGCGGAAGAAGCGCAGGCGCCCUGGUGGGCUGGUUUGAGCGGUGCAGAGCGGUGGGUGGCGGUGCUGCAUGAUGCGGCUGCCAUGCUGUGCCCGCACAGGGCCAUGGGGCACCACUGCGGCUGCCUCUACCCACUUUUCAAGCAGGUGCUGCAGCACGCCCUGCGCCGCCUGGACGCGGCGCUCUUCAACGCGCUGCUGCGCUCCGCCAACGACGUCCUCUCCACCGACCCUGCUGCCGACCCUCUCACCGAACCUAGCGCCCUGCCCUUCCCUGCCAAUGGCCGCUUCCGGGCCUCCGACGGGGGGCUGCUGAAACACACUCUAUCUGAGUGGAAUGACUUCCUUGCAGACAUGGACACGCAUGUCGACUCGCACUGCCGUGCUGCUGCCCAUGCCCAAGCCCCCACCAGCCACGCCCCGCUGUCCAUCCACCCCCCGCCCACAGUCCCCGCCUCCCUGCUGUCCUCUGCACGCUUCUGGGCCGGCCAGCUGGAGCUCUUUGAUUGGCCAGAGGGUGUGGACAGCCAGAGGGACGCUGGGAAGCGGGAUGGGAGAAGGGGAGUGGUGGGACAGGGCGAGAGGCGCAAAGCAGCUGCAGGCGGUGAGGCCAUGGGAGGGGCAACGGCGCUUCCUGCUGCUUGGGACGGACACACGGCUCACACGCAUGACCCUGCUGCGCUGCUGCUGCUGGGAGGGCGGGUGAGGGCAGGCGAGGGCGGCAGAGGGUGGUUGCAGCAGCUGAUAGGAGCGCGCGCGGACUGCUUCCCGCUGCUCAGGGAGCUGGCGCACGUGCUGCUGCUGCCCAAACAGGCCCUCUGCGACCGAGCCGUGCGCCGCCAGCUGCACGCCACCAUCACCCCGCCUCUCCUGCAGCGCAUUGUGCGCAUGUGCGUGGAGGACCCCGCCCACCCUGACCACGUCCCUCCCGUGCUCCUCGACAUGCUGCACGCUGAGGCCGCCACCGCCCCUCUUUCCACCUACUUCCUCCCGGUCUUCGACCCUGCACCCCUCCCCCCCACGCCCUACUGCCCCCCGCCCUCCCUGCCUCUGCGCGCGCUGCUUGGGGACGCUGCCUCGCCGGGGGGCAUGGAGGAUGGCACAGAGAGGGGGGGAGGGGGUUGGGGAGGGGCGGCACGGAGAGGUGGUGCACGCCGCGGUGCUGGUGCAGGCGAGGGGUGUGGGGCCGUGGAGCAGCCAGGGGAUUCGGGUUGAGCAAGUGAGUCCAUGCGUGGGAAUGAGCGUGUGCAGAUGAGGGAGUGGGGUUAUGCAUGGGGAGUGUGUCAUUUCAAGCAAGGGAGUUGUCGCGGCAGCAGCCUUCAGCGCUGUAGAGAGGCCAUGCGGGGGACGAGGAGGUGCAGAGAGGCCAUGCGGGGGACGAGGAGGUGCAGAGCGGCCAUGCGGGGGACGAGGAGGUGCAGAGAGGCCAUGCGGGGGACGAGGAGGUGCAGAGCGGCCAUGCGGGGGACGAGGAGGUGCAGAGUGGCCAUGCGGGGGACGAGGAGGUGCAGCUUCCGCACUUGCCCCUGUGCAUCAUGCUGCACCCGUGGCUGCUGCACCCGUGGCUGCUGCACCCGUGGCUGCUGCACCCGUGGCUGCUGCACCCGUGGCUGCUGCACCCGUGGCUGUUGCACCCGUGGCUGCUGCACCCGUGGCUGCUGCACCCAUGGCUGCUGCGCCAGUGGCUGCUGCUGGCUGUGCAUGCACUGACUGACUGACCGACUGACUGACUGACUGACCGGGGGCCAUACAGGCGCCAUGGGGGAGCAGCACGACUGUGGUGCUAACGAGGUAUGCUGUUGUGUCGGGGAGAUGAAAUACGGUACAAGGAAGAUGCCAAAUAAUGGAUGCGAGCAGACUAGAGUGUGUGACACCACGGUACAUGUACUCUAUUCAGACUUUUUACGUGUACAUGUACUCUAUUCAGACGGGGUGUACUCUAGUUGGAAAGAUUUUUUUUUGUACUUGACUCUGUUUUUUCAGAGAAGAUCUAUGUACUACACUGAUUUUUCAGAUUUUUUCUAUUAGUGCACUCUGAUGCCUCAACUCU